UGGUUAAGAGUCGAUCGACAUUAAUGAACAAUUUCAAUUCUUCAACCUUUCCCUUGUGCUCCUUUAAAGAUCCUAGAUCAGCUGUCAUUUACCUGUUUUUACUCAACUGUUUCUAUUUUUGUUUUGUUUUUUUUAAUGUUUAUAAUUAAUUUAUUUUUUCUUCUGUUCAGUCUUUAGAUUUGAUUUUUGUCAUAUUUAAUUGAAAAGAAAUGUCUCACUCAAGUAACAUCCAGUUGGAUGAUAAUUUAAUUGAUUUUAUUAACAAAGCCAAGCAAAAGGGUAACAUCCGUGCUGUGAAAAUUUUAAUCAAAGAUGAAAAACUUGUUUUGGAUGACCAUGUAGAACCUCAAGGAUCAUGGAAAGACGAUUUUAUCCAAUCUGUUAAAAAAAUGUUCCUCGAUAAGGAACCUUGUUAUGUGCUCUUAAGACUGGAUUCAGCAGGUAACAGCGAUGAUGCAAAUUAUGAUUGGAUCCUAAUUUGUUGGUCACCAGAUGAUAGUCAUGUUAGGCAAAAGAUGCUGUAUGCAUCAACCAAAUCAAUAUUGAAAUUGACUUUCACUUUCAGCUCAACUUUGAACGACAUAUUUGCCACCUGCCAAGAUGAUUUUAACCCAUUAAUCUCUGGUGAUUACUUUAAAACUGCUAAGCAAAUUAGUGACGAUUUACUGACCGUUCAAGAACAAGAUCUGAGAAAUGUUAAGAGAGAAGAAGCUCUAUCGAGAUCUGUAAACGCACCAGGGACUCAUAGUAUUCCAGGAAUUGAGUUUCCCAUAACCGAUGAAGCUGUUGAUGGAAUAUUAAGAUUUAAAGAAGGCUCAAUUGGUUUCGCCGAAUUCUCAUUAGAUUUAAGUAAAGAAAUGAUCCAAUUAGAGUCUACCGAAGACGCUUCUAAAUUUGAUGUAAAAACUCUUGGAUCAAGAAUGCCAACCAAGAAUCCGAGAUACAUUUUAUUCGUUUAUCCUCAUCAGUAUGAAGGAGCCUCCUUAAAAAGUAUCAUCUUUGUUUAUUGGGUUCCCGGAAGUGGCUGUUCAAUCAAAGAAAAGAUGCUUUACUCAACUUGCAAACUUCCCCUGUUAGCAGCAAUUCAGGAUGCACGUAAAUUCGGAAUCGAGAUAACCAAAAAAUUAGAGAUUGAUGAUAUUGAUGAGCUCAAAGAAGAUAAUUUAUUGAAUGAGUUACAUCCACCAAAUAGUGCCUCUGCUAGCAAACCUGUCUCGUUUGCCAAACCUCAAGGUCCAGCCGGUAAAAGAGGAGCGAAACGAUUAAUCCGAACUGGAAACGAUGCAUGAUUUAACCUUCCGCACACUUUAGUCAACUAUUUUAAUCGCAUUGCUUUUUACUUUAAAAUAACGUUUCAAUCAUAAAUUUUACAAAUCAUUUACUAAUAACUACACGAAAACACUUUCUAAAAACUUGCCGUGAUCUUACUCAUAAAACAGGAAAAAGUGAAGAUAAUUUUUUUUCAUCAAAGCUCAUAUCAAGUUUAUUAACGUCUUGGAUUAACAGUUAUACAAAAUUACAAAUCUUACCCCUAAACUGUCCUUGGUAUGUUAACUCCACAUUAUCCAGAAGUCGGUGGAAAUAGUAAAUUCAAAAAAUACAAAAUAAUGGGAACAACAGGCAUCAAUAAUGAACCAAAGGCUAAUACUGUCAAAAGUGGAAUCGCUAAAGCAAUUAUCAAAAUAAUUGGAUGAACCAUUCCAAGUGAUAGAUUCGAUUUUUCUUCACUUUCAGAUGGAUUCUAGAAUGAAUUGUUAUUCAAUCAUUUUAAUCAAAUCUAUCUUUUAACAGGAACAAACGAUAAUAAUUAUGAAUAAUAUUGCAAAUAAUCAACACUCACCUUAUAAAGUAACAUUGGAUAAUAGAUGAUAUUUGAUAUUGGCCUUCGAAGACUUUUAAUUACUCCAUAGUCUCGAUUUUCAUUAUCAUCAUCACUUAGAUUGAUAUGAGUUUCCUCUACAGCAUGACAAAAUUGAGCCGGUGAAAGCAUCUCGUGAAUAUAAAUUGUAAAUAUAAUAAUACAGCAAAAUCUGAGAUGUAACAUCAUCUUUUGGUGAUAAACUUUGAUAAACAUGAGUUUACGAUUAACAUGAAAAAAUGAUACACAAGUAUAAAAUAUUGGAAUCGACUUUUGUCUUCUUCAAACUAAAUUAUAACUAAAAUCUAAUUUCUUUAAA